AUGUCUCCGAGGAAGCGAAAAGCCGAUCUUGAGAGAGAGAUCAGGGAGUUAAAGGCAGAACUCAGCAUCGCCAAGAAACAAAUCGGCGAGCCGAAUGAUAUCGACAAUGACAAUGAUGCUAGUGAAAAUACUGAAUGGAGAGAUGAAAAUGAGGUGUCCAUUCACACUGGAGUGAAAGUCCAAUUACCACCCCAAGAGCCGUAUAAUGGUACAGGACGAUCAUGGGAGAGUUUUGUAUCGUCUUUCAGAAACCUCGCGGCUACUUGUGGCUGGGAGGAGUCGGAGCAGCGUGUUCGUCUUCUUGCCUGUCUCCGAGGUGAUGCAGCCGAUUUUGUCUUCCAGCAGCUCGCCCCAGACGACAUCGCUGACUUCGGGAAUUUGAUAUCUGCGCUCGAGCAUCGUUUUGCUGCACGAAAGACGCCUUCUACGUUUGUGUCGCAGCUAGAAUUACGUCGUCUUGGUCAGAGGGAAUCAAUUGCCGACUAUGCUGCAGAUAUUCGCCGCCUUACGACAUUUGGCUACCCGACGGCGGAUGCUGCAACAAGGGAGAUGAUCGGGACCCGCCAUUUUCUUCGAGGGCUUGGUGAUAGCUCUAUGGCUAUGGCUAUAGGGAUGCGAGAGCCGGCGACUCUCCAAGAAGCUCGGGAGAUUGCUGAGCGAUUUCACCAUCUCCAAGAGGAAUCCGGCAGAGGAGCUCGACAAAUCCGAUCGGUGUCAGCGACGUCAGAGGACGCGGUGACCAAUGAAAAGUAUAUUGAGUUAAGGCGCCGCAUCAUCUCCAUUGAUGAGCGAAUCGAACAACUAACUAAACUUUUUCAGCAGCCGCCACGAGAUGAUCCAGAACGACCAGUUAGACAGCCGAGAGAACAGCAAACUCGUGAUCGACCACCACCUCGUUGCUAUAAUUGUCAGAAGCUUGGUCAUCUUGCCCGUAACUGUCGUGUACCACCCCAAAAUGGUGGCCAAAUUCCUGUACCCCAGUAUGUUAGCAGUCGACCGAACUGGGUGCCGCAGCAACCGCCACCACCUCCACAAUGGCAGCAACCUCUUCCUUUUCAGCCGCAACCGCCGCAGCAACAAUUCCCACCACCCCGGCAAUGGCAGCCACACGUACCAUUCCAGCCGCAACCACCGCAGCAACAACGGGCAGCAGAACCAGCCAUGGACAAUACUUCGGGAAACUAAACAGGGCCGACCUCAUCGACCAGGUCGAGGCCGGCCAUGGAGUUAAAUCGGGCCCUAGAAUAAUUCGCAUUGAUGAAUCGAACGGACUAACAGCGUAUAUCACAGGAAAUGUGAAUGGGGCCUCGUGCAAACUUUUGGUCGAUUCUGGG